UUCCUGAAAAUCAAACAUUUUAUUUUGUGGCGGGCAAAUAUCACGACGGGUUGAAAACAAUAAUAUUGGAAAUUCGGUACAUAUAUGUAUUUAACAAUUGCAAUUGUGUUUAAUUUCAUCUGAAUAUGGCUGUAAAUAAGGAGUAUCUUGUAGCUGUCCUGGACAUUCGCCCAUCCUCCAGUGAAGAUUUAAAAUUAAAAUCAGUAAAGUUAGUUGCAGAUAUUUUGAAAGACAAGAUCUGCGCUGGCAAAAAGGACUUCGUAUCAUUUGUGCUGCUUGGUACAGAAAAAACAUUGAAUGAUGUAAAUGAGCACGUUUUUCCGGAUGGUUAUAAUAACAUAACACAGUAUCAGAAUCCACAAUGUCCUACUUGGCAAUUGCUUUUAAAUUUCUAUAAAUUUGUCAACGAAGAAUCCUGUGAUGAGGGUGAAUGGCUGGAUGCAUUGGUAGUCGCAAUGGAAGUGUUAAAAAGGGGCGAAGAAUGCUUCAAGUUUCAAAGAUCUCGAAUUUUGUUCUUUUAUGAUUUCAAUGAUGCACCAAAUACGUAUGAUAUGUAUGACGUUAUCGUACAAAAUAUAGCGCAAACAGAAGUCGAACUAGUUGUUAUUUCUCAAAACAUUCAAUACGUCGAUAAUCCAAUCAGCGGUCAGCCCAAAGUAAAAUUUCGUGAUUGCGAUAAGGGUAAACAACAACUUAAAAAUGAGGAUUAUGCCUUACAACUCAUUACAGACUGCAGCGCAAAGCUUUAUAAUUUCGAAGAAGCAAAGCGUUGUGUAUUCAAAAUAACUAACAAAAGGCCAUGGGUUUGGAACAGCAAGUUAACGAUUGGAUCAGAAAUCACAAUUAAGAUAUCUGGAGUUAUUUACAUGAAAGACGAAAGUAAUAUAAAAUUAAAAAAGUGUUGGGGUCAAGACGAUGAGCUCGUUUCGCGUGAAAUGAAAUCUUUUGUUCGUGGCACGGAAAUCGAACCAGCCGAAACUGAGCUAAUCGAAGGCUACAUGUUAGGUUCCACACCUAUUCCAUUUGACGAAUCGCUGAAAGAUGAUGGAGAACGUUUUGAACCAGGUUUGAAAUUCGUCUGUUUUAUGAAACGUGAAUCUAUACCCGAAGAAUAUUUCUGUGGCGAUUCAUUAUACUGGAUUGUGCAUCAAAAAGGGAUGAUCGCGUCGGCACAGAAACUUGACGCGUUAGUACGUGCCAUGAUCAAUACAAAAAUCGCGAUGCUCUGCUGCAAAGUGUACAGCAUCGGAUUCAAUACACCGAAGAUGGUGGUACUAUUGCCAAAUAAGCUACAUCCCGAUAGACCAGCAUCACUAACCAUGGUCGAGAUUGCUUAUCAUUCCCAAUAUCAAUACUUUCAAUUUCCACUGCUAAGGACUCCAAAAACAGAAUCCACGAAUGAGCAAAUCGAUGCUAUAGAUAAUUUGAUUGAUUCAAUGGACCUAUCAUUGCAUUCCAAAGUGUCUGAUGAUCCCCGUGACACAUACCAGCCUGAUUUGCUUCCUUUCGGUUCAUUACCACACAUUUACGAGCAGAAUGUUAUGGAUGUUUUAGAGAGGAAGAUAAUAUCAAAUGCCAGCGAAGACGAUGAAAGGUUCGCUGAAAUGUUAGAGGAUAAACAUUUUGUAGAAAUAUUCUGGCAAGUACCGGAACUUCGAGAAAAGAAUGCAAAGCGCGCGGCUAACGCCAUAAAGUCGUUGUUUCCGCUAGAGGAAAAUGUGCCUCAGGUUCCAACAAGCGGAAAACUAAAAGUGAAAUCGGAAAUCAGUAAUAGUUCUGCGAGCACUUCGACAGAGAGCAAUUUAAUUCUGUCGUUCGAUAAAGUUAGUGAGGAGGCACCUGCCGAAGAUUUCCGCCAACUUGUUCAAUACAAUGUUUUACAAAUACGGAAUCGAACAGAACGAGAUGCGAAGUUUCAAGUGUAUGCACAACAAAUGCGCAACGUUAUUUGGGCGCUCUUGUUUGAAAGCAAAGGCAGCGUAAAUUAUAAAAAAAUGGAAGAAGCGUUAACAAUGUAUCGUAAGAAGUGCUAUGACUUUAAUUCAUUUGAUGAUUACAAUAAGUGGAUAAGGGAAGUAAAAGAAAAAGUGCUGCAAAAUGAGCUUCAAGAUUUUUGGCAGAAUGUAAUUGUUAAAAAUGAUUUAGGGCUUUGUUUUGUUAGGACAGAUUCAUUAGAGAGUAAGCGCUCACUUGAUAAAUUUUAUGAAUUACAUAGCUACGAAACGGCUGAACAACUUUAGAAACGCUUCUUCACAAAAACUAUACAGUAUACUGCAUCACCAAAAGAAGUGCCGUUUUUCCACCGGGAUUACAAAAUUUAUUAUAUUUUAAGACGUCCACCAAAAUAUUUCCGAAAAAUAUUAAGAUUUACGAGAGUUGGACAGAUUUGAAAAUACCUCCAAAAAUUGAGUUUUUUAUGAAUAAAAAUUGUUUCUUAAAGAACUUUUUGAAAAACAGUCCCCUCAGAUGAAAAAACAGAUUAAGCUUAAAAAAUCUGUAUAAAAAUAUUUAAAAAUCUUCAACGGAAUCGCAAUGAGAUUUUUUAUGCUUUUACUUUUUUCAAAGAUUGAUUUACGAAAAACUUGAAUACCUGGGCCAAAACUAUUCUGAUUUAGACAUAUGAGAUAUCAGUAGAAAGGUAUUUUCCCACUGUUUUCAUUUUUGUCAAAAAAAAGUCGUUCUUGUGCCAAUUUUUAAUUUUUUUCAAAUACCAACACUUCUUAAUCCUUUCAUGCUUUGAAUGAGUUAAUUAGCAAAGAAAGGAAAAGGGUGAGAAAAUUCCUUUCCAAUGACACCUCACAAGUCUAAAUCGGAAGAGUUUGGGUUCAGUUAUUCAAGCUUUUCUUAUACAAAUCUUUGAAAAAAGUUAAAAAAAAAACAGCACCAAAAAUCUCAUUAUUACGAUUCCGUUGAAAAAUUGUUUAAAAAUAUUUGUAUGCGAAUUUUUUAAGCUCAUACCUUUUUGUCUUUUGAGGGCAUUUUUUUAAAUCUUUAAGAAACUAUUUUUUUCAUAAAAAACUCCAUUUUUGCAGGUAUUUUCAAAUCGGCCCAGCUCCCGCAAGUCUUAAUAUUUUUCCGAAAUAUAUUGGUGGACGUCUUAAAAUAUAAUAGAUUUUAUAAUUCCCGAUUUUUUUUUUUGUAUGGGGAGUGAUGCAGUCUACCAUAAAUAUCGAUGGUCCUGUGUAAUAACGACACAAUUCAAAUUUCAAAACACAAAAACUGUUACGCUACUACUACUACUGUUAAGUGGCUCUUGUCUGUAACCCUUGUCUAAUCCAUUUCCAUCCCUCUCUAAAAUAAGUAGUAAGGAUUUCUAAAGUGAGUACAAAAGAUUAGACAUUGUUCGACAAGGAUUAAGAGACAUUAGCCACUUAACAGUAGUAACAGUUUUUAUUUUUUGAAUAUUGAAAUGUGUCGUUAUUGCACAGGACCAUCGAUAUGUAUGUAUAAUAUUGUAAUUGAAAAAAAUUGUUUUUGUUAAUAAUAAUAAGCCUGUGAAGCAAAAAUGCAGAUAAAUAUACAGCAUCCGAUAUUA